GGCAGCAGCAUGAGAUCCAUCAGUGUGUGGAUACUAACAUCCAUCAUCACCACAGUGUGGUCGAGUUUGCACCCAGAGUGUGAGUACAUAUUCCAGCUAGAGAAAGAGGAGCAGCGGUGUCAGCGAGAAAUCAAUGAACACAGGAACCUCAGCAGCACAGGCUGCCUCCCGGUAUGGGAUUCUGUAGUUUGCUGGCCGAGGGCAGCAGUUGGAGAGACUGUGCACUCCCCCUGUCCUGCUGUCUUCUCUCUCUUCAGCAACAGCACAGGUACAGUGAGUCGUAACUGCACCAGUGCGGGGUGGACACACCCUUUCCCCCCGUAUCAUGAGGCCUGCAGCGUGGAGGACGACAUCCCAGAGGAGUCAUAUUUCACCACGGUGAGACUGAUCUACUCCAUCGGCUACGGCGCCUCUCUCUGCUCACUCACUGUCGCCGUGCUAAUCCUGGUCUUCUUCAGGAGGCUCCACUGUGCCCGGAACUACAUCCACAUUCAGCUGUUUUUCAGCUUCAUCCUUAAAGCUUCAUCUGUCUUCAUUAAGGAUGCUACACUGUUUGCUGGCGAGGACUUUGACCACUGCACUUUCUCUACGGCUGCCUGUAAGGCGUCCGUAGUGUUCUGUCAUUACUGCGUGAUGAGUAACUUCUCCUGGUUGUUGGUGGAGGCGGUGUAUCUGAACUCUCUGUUGCUGUCUGCGUUCCCUCGCAGCCGCCGCUGUCUCUGGGGCUUCGCUCUGCUGGGCUGGGGUGUUCCUCUGGUGUGCAUCAUCUUCUGGAUCGGCUCUCGGGUGUUUUUCGAGGACACAGAGUGCUGGGACAUUAAUGAAAAUUCCCCCUAUUGGUGGAUAAUCAAAGGACCAAUUGUUGUAUCCAUUGGGGUCAACUUCCUGCUGUUUAUAAACAUCAUAAGAAUCUUGGUCCAGAAACUGAACCCCCGUCUCAUCCAGUUCAACAAUUCUGCACAGUACAGACGCCUGACCAAGUCUACUCUUCUCCUCAUCCCCCUGUUCGGGACGCAUUACGUGGUGUUUAACUUCCUGCCAGAUUAUUCCAACCUCAGUCUCCGUCUCUGCAUAGAGCUGUGCCUCGGAUCCUUCCAGGGACUCAUUGUGGCGAUUCUCUACUGUUUUCUCAACCAGGAGGUCCAGAACGAGGUGCGAAUGCGAUGGAUGCGCUGGCAGGAAACCAGUUACGGAGUAGUUACCGCCGGAGCCAAAGGCAGUCAGAUGGACACACCUUUCUAACAUCCAAAACUCCACAAUCUCAGACUCUGAAUUCCAAAACACUAAAAUCAAAUCUGCUGUUCAAUUUCCUACAUAAACUGUGUACAACAUCUUACCAGUAAAGCAAAAAGCCUGUAAUAACUGCCUCAGUCCUUUAUGGGGACUCUUCAGACACAGCAGUUAACAUGAUGUUUUGAGUGUACAUGUACAUGAAAAAAAAUCAGGAUUGAUAACCAUUCCAUACUAGUAUGGUAUUUUUAAUAAAAGAUAAAAAUUUAGGAACUGACGCUGAUAUUUGUGCCAGAAUUUACCAAGCUUUAGGCAUUCAUUUGGAUUAUUGAUUUUAAGCAGAAUGUAAAAAGUAAAUUUUUGAGGCAAAAUUAAAGUUACAGGCCAUAGGAAUUGGUUCUGAUUAGUUAUUUACACACUGUACCGUGGUUUAGAAAUCAGUUUUAAAACCUGAUUAAAGGCAGAAUGGUACAGACUGAUGCUGAUUUUAGGCAGAUGAUAAAGAUCAUAGGUAUCAUCGCUGAUUAUUCAUUCAAGGCUGAAUGUAACAGGCUUUACUAAUGACCCCUGAUGCUAAUUUGAAGCAGAAUGUAGCAGGCUAUAAAAAUCAGCUUUGAUCAUUGAUUUGAGGCAGAAUGUAAUUGGCUGCUAAUAAUGUGAGGCAGAAUGUAGUUGGAUAAUAUUGAUCUGAGGCAGAAUGUAACUGGCUGCUAUUAAUUUAAGGCAGAAUGUAACUGGCUGCUAUUGAUUUGAAGCAGAAUGUAAUUGGCUGCUAUUGAUUUGAGGCAGAAUUUAAUUGGCUGCUAAUAAUGUGAGGCAGAAUGUAAUUGGCUAAUAUUAAUGAGACCAAAUGUAACGGGUUGAUAUAGAUUUGAGUCAGAAUGUAACUGGCUGCUAUUGAUUUGAGGCAGAAUGUAAUUGGCUGCUAAUAAUGCGAGGCAGAGUGUAAUUGGCUGAUAAUGAUUUGAAGCAGAAUGUAACUGGCUGCUAUUGAUUUGAGGCAGAAUGUAACUGGCUGAUAAUGAUUUGAAGCAGAAUGCAACUGGCUAAUAUUGUUUUUAGGCAGAAUGUAGCUGGCUGCUAUUGAUUUGAGGCAGAAUGUAACUGGCUGCAAUUGAUAUGAGGCAGAAUGUAACUGGCUGAUAUUGAUUUAAGGCAGAAUGUAACUGGCUGAUAUUGAUUUAAGACAGAAUGUAACUGGCUGAUAUUGAUUUAAGGCAGAAUGUAAUUAGCUGCUACUGAUUUUAAGGCAGAAUGUAAUUGGCUGCUAAUAAUGUGAGGCAGAAUGUAACUGGCUAAUAUUGAUUUGAAGCCGAAUGUAAUUGUGUCACGGAAUGACCCAGGCAGGGAGACGAGGAGGCGGACACAAGUGCAGGUAGGGUGAAAAUAAAUAAUAAUUUAAUAAAUAAAUAACAAGAAAACAAGGAACAAGUAACAUGAAACAAAGAUACACAAAUAACCAAUAACAAAUCAAAUAACCUAAACUAAAUCAACUAGAGAUAAUAAAUAAACAAACAGGGAAUAUAUACAAGGACUAAACUAGGAAUCAACACAAGCAGGGUAUAUACAGGGAGCUAGGGAACAAGAAAUAAAACAAGAAACUAGAAAUAAACAAGGAAAUAAACUAUAAACGAGAAAACAAGAAAUAAACAAGAAACAAGGAACCAAGGCUAAGAGAGAACAAGGAAACACUGAGAAAAGCUAUUAAACACUGAGAGAGACAAACGACAGGUGAAGGUGCAAAGACCGACGGAGACAAAGUGGCAGAGGAGGGCUAUUUAAAGAAACAGGAAACACACUAUAAUUAGAAACACCUGGGGAAGGGGCGGAGCUACAAAUGAGAAACAGGUGGAAAAGUACUGAAACGGGAGACACAGGGGAGCACAGGUCACGUGGGGAAGACACACAGAGACACGACCAGACGAGACCAGGAUGUGACAAAUUGGCUGCUAUUGAUUUGAGGCAGAAUGUAACUGGCUGCUAAUAAUGUGAGGCAGAAUGUAAUUGGCUUGUAUUAAUCUGAGGCAGAAUGUAACUGGCUGAUAUUGAUUUGAAGCAGAAUGUAAUUGGCUGCUAAUAAUGUGAGGCAGAAUGUAAUUGGCUGCUAAUAAUGUGAGGCAGAAUUUAAUUGGCUAAUAUUGAUUUGAGGCAGAAUGUAACGGGCUGAUAUUGAUUUUAAGCAGAAUGCAACUUGCUGAUAUUGAUUUGAGGCAGAAUGUAAUUGGCUGCUAUUGAUUUGAGGCAAAUUGUAAUUGGCUGCUAUUGAUUUGAAGCAGAAUGUAAUUGGCUGCUAAUAAUGUGAGGCAGAAUGUAACUGGCUGAUAUUGAUUUGAGGCAGAAUGUAACUGGCUGCUCUUGACUUGAGGCAGAAUGUAACUGACUGCUAUUGAUUUGAAGCAGAAUGUAAUUGGCUGCUAUUGAUUUGAGGCAGAAUGUAAUUGGCUGCUAAUAAUGUGAGGCAGAAUGUCACUGGCUGAUAUUGAUUUGAGGCAGAAUGUAACUGGCUGAUAUUGAUUUGAGGCAGAAUGUAAUUGGCUGAUAAUAAUGUGAGGCAGAAUGUAACUGGCUGAUAUUGAUUUGAGGCAGAAUGUAAUUGGCUGCUCAUGACUUGAGGCAGAAUGUAACUGGCUGCUAUUGAUUUGAAGCAGAAUGUAAUUGGCUGCUAUUGAUUUGAGGCAGAAUGUAAUUGGCUGCUAAAAAUGUGAGGCAGAAUGUAACUGGCUGCUAUUAAUUUGAGGCAGAAUGUAACUGGCUGAUAUUGAUUUGAAGCAGAAUGUAAUUGGCUGCUAUUGAUUUGAGGCUGAAUGUAAAUGGCUGAUACUGAGUUGAAACAGAUUGCAACAGGUUUAAUGAUUCAGCUUUGAUAAUUUGACAGGUUUUCGUAAUGAGCUCAGAUUUUUAAUUAUAAGGCAGAAUAUAACAGGCCAAUUCUAAUUUGACACUGAAUGUAACUGGCAUUAGGAUUCAGUAGGAGUCACAAUUUUGGCACAACAGAGUUCAUAGAAGCUAGGGUGGCGUAAAAUACUUGUAAUUGUACAAGAAUUUGUAAUUUAUUACUGUACAUUAGUAUUAUUUUGGAAGAUAGUUAAUACGAUUUGUACUUCACUCAAAUAUUAUUGAAAUGAAAUAACUUUAUUUAUUUAAUUACAUUCCCAGAAGGAAAAAAAAAACCUUACACCUUAAAUUUUCAUUUAGACCUUCAAAAUGGCUGCCUCAUAACUUCACUAAUUUGUCUUAAUCUCUGUUAAAUGGUUUACUUUUUUAUACUUGAGCAUGUUUAAACAGAGAAAUCUCAAUACUUCCAGUUUUAAUGGAGUUCUUGUUUAAUUUAAGUUUGUACUCCUCUGUACAGGAAUCAGCGUUUACAGCGUUUAGAGGCAGAAAGUGGUCUGCCUAAUAGGGGUCAGCGGAGCAGAACAGCGGGGUAUUACUCUGUGGCGGAACGCUGCAGGCUUUAGGGAACACUGUUAUUAGAUUUAGGUUCAGCACUGCAGGGAUGGUGAGGAGGUGUGAUGAUGAACCUCCCUUAUCUCUUAUCCUCAGCCCCCCACCAGCUCACCUGUCCCUGUGCUCGCAGGAACCCGCUCCUGGUCUUCACUCUGUUUUAUUUGUCUGUUGAUGCUUUCAGAGCAGCCUGUUUAAUCUGAUUAAAGACUCUGUGAAGGGAACGAAUGUGAGCAGCUUCAUGUGACGACACGGCUGUUUGAAUACUUUGCCUUUUAUUAUGUGACUUGUUGAAUGUAAUUGUUGUGUUCUAUGUGUGUGUGUGUGUGUGUGUGUGUGCGCGCAAAACAGGGAAAAUGUUUCUUGAUGUACAGAACCAAUUGCUUAUAUACUUUUUUGCAAAAUAAAAAAAAUGUUUACCCUCUU